AUGUCGCAGGUGCUCUCGAAGUUGAUGGGAACGUUCAACGACAGCGGGCUCUCCCUGUGCGAGAAGCUGGCAGAGACUGCGGGGGCCACGGUCGACGUGUACCCCGUGCUGAUGGUGUGUGCGCUGCGUACCAUCAUGAAGGCAAUGUUUGGCGUCGAGCUGGACCGCCUGGAGCCGGACCGGCGCAAGCAUUCCCGUAUAGCGGCCAUCAGAAAAAUGUCGGCAAUAAUUGUCCGACCCUGGAAGACGAUUACUGGCGCCAUGUGGCUGAGUGCAGAAGGCCGGGCAGUGAAGAGGCACAUCGCGGAGUUCAGGAGCCUCGUGAAGCGUGGCGUCGCCAUUGCAAGAGAAAACAUGAAGGCUGAUGGCGUAACUCCUUUGGUCCACUUCCUCUCAGAGCAGAAGCCUGGCCAGCAUAUGACUGAAGAAGAAAUAUACAAUGAGAUACGCACGCUCGCCCUGAGUGGCGUGGAGACGACCGCAGCCUCCAUGGGCUUCACCCUGGCGCUGCUCGGGCUGCACCCAGAGUGGCAGGACGCGGCGCAGAGGCAGCUGGACGGCGUGUUCGGCUCCGGAGGCGACUACCUCAGGCCAGCCACUGUGUCUGACCUCUCCCAGCUCACGGUCAUAGAUGCCAUUGUUAAGGAGUCGCUGCGGCUGUUCCCGACGAUCCCCAACAUGCCACACCUGGUGACCGAGGACACGCCGCUGUGCGAAGGCCGGCACGUGGCACCGCGUGGCUGCUGCGUCGUGGUGUCGUUCCUGCUGAUGCACCGCCGGCCAGACCUGUUCCCCGAGCCCGACCUGUUCGACCCCGGCCGCUUCCUGCCCGGAGGCAGCGCCAGCAGCAGGCAGCCGGGCAGCUACCUGCCGUUCGGCACAGGACCUCGCAAGUGCGUGGGCUCGCGCUUCGCCGACCUGGAGAUGCGGGUUGCGCUGGCUGCAGUGCUGCGCAGGUUCCGCAUCCGACCCGGCUCCACCAGGGAGCAGCUGGAGCAGAUUCCUUACUCCGUCACAGCACACCCACUCACCGGCUAUCGAGUCUCUUGUGUUCUGCGGGAUAACGUAGCGGUAUCUUCGUGGCAGGACACCGGCAGCGUCGGAGGACCGGGGGCUGAGGUGCGGGAGCGGAUGGACCACAGUCACACGAGUACCGCCGCCGCCGCCGCCGCCGCCGCCGCCAGAGAGGAACUGACGCUCACGCUGAAAAGAAGAGCUUAUCCUUAG